AUGCCCAUUUCCCAAAGUGAGCCCAUGUCAGAGAAUUGGAUGGAUAGACAGGCCGGGCUCACUUUGGGGAAUGGGCAGUUGAGGCUGAAGAUUCACAACUGGCGGACCCCUGCCCCGAAAUUUGCCAUAGAGAAUAACCCCAAUGGUAACCCCAAGUGCGACCUUGAGGCAGUCAUUGAAAACUCCGAGAUCAUCCGCGUUGACUUCAGGAUCCCCACCAAUUACCCAGACGGCAUGAUGGGGAUUAUGGGCUUGAUCGAGGCACUAUUCGAAGUGCCCCAAAAGGAUUGCCAUGAGCAAUAUCGAGACUGGUCCCGCACCGGCUCUUCGAGAGUCAAAGAACAUGAAGAGACAUAA